CCUCCUCCUCCUCUGCCUUUGGGCUCAUUUCACGUCCUCACGACUCACGACUGCGUUGAUCGCGCGUGCCGGUCAAGAUGCACAGACUGACUCGUCUUCCUAGAGUCAUCCAACCGCUCAGCGGGUCGAGAUACCGCUUCGGUAUCGCGCAGGUGUGCGCCGUACGCACCUACGCUACUCCUGCGAAGCCACCGUCACCCAACGACGCGUUCGCGAAUGGCGGCAACUCGUACUACAUCGACGAGAUGUACCGGCUCUGGCGGGAAGACCCCAAAGUCGUUCACGCGUCGUGGAACGCGUACUUUUCCGGGAUGGAGAAGGGCCUCCCAAGCUACAAGGCAUUCACUCCUCCGCCGAGCUUUGAGGCCACAGGCAUUGCGACUUUGAACCUCACUGGGAACAAGGACUUGGACAUCCACUUGAAGGUCCAAUUGCUCGUUCGCGCGUACCAAGUUCGUGGUCACCACAUGGCGGAUCUCGACCCACUCGGCAUCCUUGACCCCGACCUCAACAACGUGAACCCGCCUGAGCUUGAGCUCGCGCCUUACGGGUUCUCGGAGCGCGACUUGCAAACGCCGAUCACCCUCGGUCCGGGUAUCCUUCCUCACUUUGCCACGGAGGACAGGAAGACUAUGACGCUCGGCGAGGUUAUCGAUACUUGCAAGCGCAUAUACUGUGCUUCGAUCGGUUUCCAAUACGUCCACAUUCCCGACAAGGACAAGUGCGACUGGAUUCGGGAGCGCGUCGAAAUUCCGAAGCCCUGGAACUACACCCUUGACGAGAAGCGCAUGGUCCUCGACCGCCUCAUGUGGUCGGAGUCGUUUGAGAAAUUCAUGGCGACCAAGUACCCCAACGAGAAGCGUUUCGGUCUCGAGGGUGGCGAGUCCCUCAUCCCCGGUAUGAAAGCGCUCAUCGAUAGGUCGGUCGAGCACGGCGUGCAGAACAUCACCAUCGGUAUGCCUCAUCGUGGUCGCCUGAACGUUCUUGCCAACGUCAUCCGGAAGCCCAUCGAGGCUAUCCUCAACGAGUUCUCAGGGACGGCCGAAGACGACGACUUCCCGGCUGGCGAUGUGAAAUACCAUUUGGGAGCCAACUACGUCCGCCCGACGCCGUCUGGAAAGAAGGUCGCCUUGUCGCUCGUGGCGAACCCUUCGCAUCUGGAGGCGGAAGAUCCCCUCGUGCUUGGUAAGACGCGCGCACAGCAGCACUUCGCGAACGACGAGCAGACGCACACCACUGCAAUGGGCAUCUUGCUGCACGGUGACGCCGCGUUCGCCGGGCAGGGUGUCGUGUAUGAGACCAUGGGCUUCCACAAUCUGCUCAACUACGGCACCGGCGGAACGGUCCACCUCAUCGUGAACAACCAGGUCGGCUUCACGACCGACCCGCGCUUCGCACGUUCGACCCCGUACCCGUCCGACAUCGCGAAGGCGUUCGACGCGCCCAUCUUCCACGUGAACGGCGACGACGUCGAGGCUGUCAACUUCGUAUGCCAGCUCGCCGCGGACUGGCGCGCGAAGUGGAAGUCCGACGUCAUCGUCGACAUCGUCUGCUACCGCCGGUACGGCCACAACGAGACGGACCAGCCGAGCUUCACGCAGCCGCGCAUGUACAAGGCUAUCGAGAAGCAGCCGACGACGCUCACCAAGUACACCAAGGCGCUCGUCGAGCGCGGCACGUUCACCGAGAAGGAGAUUGAGGAGCACAAGCAGUGGGUGUGGGGCGUGCUCGAGAAGGGCGCCGAGGGAGCGAAGACGUACGAGCCGACUGGCAAGGAGUGGCUCUCCUCGAGCUGGCCCGGAUUCCCGUCGCCGAAGGAGCUCGUGGAGAAGAACCUGGCCUCGCCCAGCACCGGCACGAGCGAAGAGGUACUCAAACACGUCGGCAAGGCGAUCUCCUCGUUCCCCGAGGGCUUCCACCCCCACCGCAACCUCGCGCGCAUUCUGACGACCCGCGGCAAGACCGUCGAGGAGGGCAAGAACAUCGACUGGGCCACAGCCGAGGCACUCGCGUUCGGCACUCUCGCACUCGAGAAGAUCCACGUGCGCGUGUCCGGCCAGGACGUCGAGCGUGGCACCUUCUCGCAGCGCCACGCCGUCAUCCACGACCAGGAGAACGAGCAGCAGUACGUGCCGCUGAACAACCUAGGCAACGACCAGGCGCGCUUCGUUGUGUGCAACUCGUCGCUGUCCGAGUUCGGCGCACUCGGCUUCGAGCUCGGGUACUCGCUCGUCUCGCCCUCUGCGCUCACGAUCUGGGAGGCGCAGUUCGGCGAUUUCGUGAACAACGCGCAGUGCAUCAUCGACCAGUUCAUCGCGUCGGGCGAGCGCAAGUGGUUCCAGCGCACGGGGCUGGUCAUGAACCUGCCUCAUGGCUUUGACGGUCAGGGCCCGGAACACUCGAGCGGACGUAUCGAGCGUUUCUUGCAGUUGUGUGAUGACCACCCGCACGUCUUCCCUCCUCCGGAGAAGAUCGAGCGUCAGCACCAGGACUGCAAUAUGCAAGUCGUGUACCCGACGACACCCGCGAACUACUUCCACUCCCUUCGCCGUCAGAUCCACCGCGAGUUCCGCAAGCCCAUGAUUCUCUUCUUCUCAAAGUCCCUCCUCCGCCACCCCAAAGCGCGCUCUGACCUCGCGGAUAUGGCCGGUGACAGCCACUUCCUGCGCUACAUCCCCGACGCGCACCCGGAGAACAUCGUCGCCCCCGAACAGGUCCGCCGGCAUAUUCUCUGCUCUGGCCAAGUGUACUACACGCUGCUCCAAGAGCGCGAGGACAAGGGCAUCAACGACGUCGUGAUCAGCAGGAUCGAGCAGAUCUCGCCCUUCCCUUACGACCUCUUGACGCCCCACCUCGACAAGUACCCUAACGCAGACCUUCUGUGGUGCCAGGAGGAGCCGCUGAACAACGGCGCGUGGUCGUACGUCGGCCCGCGCAUCCACACCGCGGCGAAGGAGACGGCGCACCAUAAGCGCAAGUACCCGCUCUAUGCCGGCCGCGAGCCUACUAGCUCCGUCGCGACGGGCAGCAAGGCGCAGCACAAGAAGCAGAUUGAGCAGUUCCUUGCGGACGCGUUCGCACCUCGGCCGUGAAAGCGUUUUCCCUGGGCAUCGGCGCAAGGCUACAUAUGUAGACCGUCGCAUUCAUUAGUACAUAUUGAGCCUAAUCAUAUAGAGUCUGUUGUUGUUCC